AGCAUCCCAGGUGAUGCCCCAAGCAUCCCAGGUGAUGCCCCAAGCAUUACAGGAGAUACUACUAGCAUCCUGGGAAAUGGUGAUUAGCAUCCCAGAAAAUGCUACGAGCAUUCUUGGCGGUGCUAUGAAUUAUGGCAGAGGGGCUGAGAAGAAAAGUGAGUGCCAAACUGCGUAAACUUCAAAUUUGGAGUUUACGCAGUUUGGAGCUCACUUUUCUUGACCAGGUAGUAUUGGUGAUUUAGAUUAUCCAGCACUUAAUCUUAAAAUUAAACAACCAAACAAACCACAUUCAGCGUGGACAGAUGUACAAGCAGCACCAAGUAAUUUACAAAAUUUUCAAGGAACAGAUCAAUUAAGUGAACUGGUUACACAAAUGAAAAUGAUUGCUCAACAACUUGAAGAAUUUAAAGAUGAUCUUACAGUGAAAGUUAAUUCACUUUCUAUGGACAUCAAUCAUCAUCAACAACAAUCAAAAUCAAUCUCAGCAACACCACCUUCAAUUCUUCUUAAUAGAACUACAAAUCAAACAAAAACAACAACAAUAUCAAGUAACAAAGGUAACAACGUUCCGAUGGACUUCGAGCAGUCGAUGGAAAUAACUGAUGUCUAG